AUGCCCUUCCUCCCGCAGAGGGCUGAGUUGCCAUCUCCGGCAAACGUUCGUGAACAGGGUAUUGUACAAGACCCAACGUUAAAGGGCCGUGACUUCAGUUUUCGACCUGUCCACUAUGAGCAGCUCGGCCUGAUUGUGAAGUACGGACGCGCCCCUCAGGUAACAGUGGCUGAGGGUCAGUUACUCUGGGUACUCCGUCGCGUCUUGCCUACCGUACCUGUCCCAGAAGCAUACGGCUGGACUCAUGAUAAAGGCCAGGUGUUCAUCUAUAUGGAGCUAGUACAGGGCUUUACCCUUGAGCAACGGUGGGGAUUUUUAGAUCAGGCCGAACGAAUAGAGAUCUGCAAGCAGCUUCGCGCUAUGAUCUUAGAACUUCGCAAGCUACAGCACGCACCAGGCGAUUUUUUCCUCGGUCAUAUAAACCGUGAGCCACUUGGCGAUAUCGUUUUUACCAACGCAAACUACCCACCCGCGGGGCCUUUCCUCUCAGUUACUCAAUUUCACGAUUGGAUGGCAAGGGUAACUAAGAUAGGCAUUCAACAUCAUUGGGAUGGUAUCCCAGACUACUGGGAGCUCUGUAAAGCCGAAUACACAGCCGAUGUCAAGGGCGAAUGGAUGAACAUGUAUAUACCCCUAUUUCUCAACGAGCCUCGUUGUCUUGAAGCUUGGGAGUUCUAUGCUAGGUCAUUUGGAUACUGA